AUGAACUAUUAUUAUCCAACUCCAACUACCCCGAUCUCGACCACCGGCACGACUGAAAGAUGCGAAUUCAACGGCCGUCACUUCAAACGCAGGAGGGGUACACAAAAAUGGAUCGUGUUUGAGGCAGAAAAGGAGAAACCACAAGGCCCUACGUCCGAUCCUUACUACGUCUAUCUUGUCCAAGAACAAAAUCCAGGGCCUUUGCAUUGGUCUCUCUUUAUUACCAAAGAGAAUAAGAUCGGUCUCGUAUAUCAGGUCACGGGAGACGCCGAAUUUAUGACAUACCAGCCUUCAACCUGUGAAAUCAAUUUGUUUGAUUCCGAAUCGUUUUUGAACGCAUACGAACUGGCUGUCCUGAAUGAGCAACAGGCCGCUGUGGUGAGGCAAGUCGCAGAAAACGAGCCUCCCCCCCGUGCACCCAACCGGCAGUCCGUCCUGGAGAAUUGCCAGGGCUGGACAGUGCGCGUUAUUGCUAAACUUGUUGAGAGGGGUAUUGUUCCAACUUCGAAACUUGAAUUGGCAAGAUCUAUGGUGGAACCACUGUAA